AUGGCUAAAUCCAGCCCCACCGUCGCCGCCCUCUUCUGCUUAUUCGCCCUCUCACUCGCCGACCAUGCUCCGCCAGUUGAAGACGCGGUCUCCUCCCGUGCCGCCGUCCACAAGGUUCCAGUCAACCACGGAAAGCAGCUCAGCACAAUCGACGUCCCCACCGUGCCGCUGAACAAACUCACUUACCGGGCCAUCAACCGCCGGUUUCCGGUCCGAUUAAGUCGAUCCUGCAUCCACAUCCAUAAGCUCCACCGGAAAACGAAGGAAAAUAAUCGAAUAUCCUUCGCAGACGAAGCUAUCUUUACCUCCGGCGAGAACAGCGACUUCGAGGUGCCCGUGGUGUACGGCGGAGGCCAGAGUAUCUCUGGACGGUGGAUGGGUCUGCACGGCCACGGCAGCCGCAAUGGCGAAGAUUUAAAUCGGAUCAAGCAGAUUGUGUCCGAACGGGAGAGAGAAAUCAAGGUUUCGAAGAAACUGAAGAAACGCUUGAGUCUUGAUCAGAAUGGGGAGGAGGAAGUGAAUGUGAAGAUGAAUGGCGGAUUUAUGAGGCUCGUGCGCAAGUUCUUGGACCAAUAUUUCUAG